UGGGGUUCUUCCAGUGGUCUCACAGAGACGGCAACAGAGAAAGAGGGAGAGAGAAAGAGAGAGAGAGAAAGAGAGAGAGAGAAAGAGGGAGUGCAGACAAAUGAGCGCACGAGGAGCACAACACACAGAGAUGGGAGGGAAAAAACUAGCUCGAGAGUGAGAGUGAGAGUGAGAGAGAGAUACUGAGCACAGAAGAAAUUGCACACUGAAGAUGGUCAGAGAGAGCGAGUGAGACAGUAAUAGAAAGCUAGUGAGAAGGUAAGAGACGGUCGGAGCAGGCGAGUGGGAGAAGAGAAAGCCGUGUGAGAGCAGCGCAAGCACAGAGGGAAGCGCUGAGGCUCCCGACGAUGCCCGCUUAAGGAGCGGUGGAGGAAAAGUGAGGAUCAGGCCAGGGCUGCCCACACACACACGCACGCAGCGACCGGAGCUAGCUGGCGGAGGAGCAGAGACACAUCUUCAAACAAUGGCACGCUUGCGGCACCCCGGAUCGGCGCUGUCGUCCUGUGCUCCACCACGACACUGAGGCUGCGCUACGCAGGGAGACAUGAGCUCCAAACACUCGUCCGACUGGAUCCCCUACAGCACCUUGGAUGACGAGGGCAGUAACCUCCGGCAACAGAAGCUAGAGAGGCAGCGAGCGCUCCUGGAGCAGAAACAGAAGAAGAAGCGACAGGAGCCCCUGAUGGUGCAGUCCAACCUGGAUGCGCGCUCACGACCCCGCCGGACCAGGCAGACAGAGGAACAGGCGCCGCUGGUGGAGUCCUACCUGAGUAGCAACAGCAGCACCAUCUACCAUGUUCAAGAAGCUGAGCAGGAGCUCAAGGCUGGGGCAGAGGUUCAGGCCCCUCGCUCGGCUAAAAAAAACAAGGCGCCCACCUCUACCCCACAGACGGGCAGUGCCAAGAAGGAGCGAAAGGGAAAGCAAAGAGGGAUUGAUGGACCAGCUGCCUUCCCGGACGAAAGCCAGGACUUGAGCAGCCAGAUUCAAAUCCUCACGGUGGGCCACUCUCCUGUCCCAGAGGGUGAAGGAGAGAGCCAGAGCCCGAGUGAGGCAGUGAGCAGCUCACAGACCCAGGGCAAGCAGGACCUGAGGGUUACCAUGCUGAAGAAAGGAAUCUCCAGUAGCAUGAAUUUUGAUGAAGAGGAGGAGGAAGAUGACGAAGUCAGCUCGAGUUCCUCUCAGCUCAACAGCAACACAAGACCAGGCUCUGCCACCAGCAAGAAAUCUAGCAAGGAGGCUGCCUCAGCUUCCACCCCACUGGCUAGUGAGCCCCCCAUGGACGUGGGGGACCUGGAGGAGUUCACCCUGAGGCCAGCUCCACAGGGUGUGACCGUCAAAUGCAGGAUCACACGGGAUAAGAAGGGCAUGGACCGAGGCAUGUACCCCACCUACUACCUCCACCUCGAAAGAGACGACGGCAAGAAGGUGUUUCUUUUAGCUGGAAGGAAGAGAAAGAAGAGCAAAACAUCCAAUUACCUCAUCUCUGUCGAUCCCACCGACCUGUCUCGAGGUGGAGAGAGCUUCAUUGGGAAACUGAGGUCGAACCUCAUGGGGACGAAGUUUACGGUGUAUGACAACGGGAUGAACCCAGUCAAGACCACCUCCAGCUUGGAGGCCAGCAACCUGCGCCAGGAACUAGCGGCUAUCUGCUACGAGACAAAUGUUUUAGGGUUUAAAGGACCUCGUAAGAUGAGCGUCAUUAUUCCUGGAAUGAACAUGGAUCAUGAAAGAGUCUGCAUUAGACCACGAAACGAGCAUGAAUCUCUGCUUGCUCGCUGGCAGAACAAGAGCACAGAAAGUGUGAUCGAGCUGCACAACAAGACCCCGGUGUGGAACGACGAUACCCAGUCGUAUGUGCUCAACUUCCACGGCAGGGUCACCCAAGCCUCCGUGAAAAACUUUCAGAUCAUUCACGAUAAUGACCCGGACUACAUUGUGAUGCAGUUUGGACGAGUGGCUGAGGACAUCUUUACUAUGGACUACAACUACCCCAUGUGUUCGCUACAGGCCUUCGCCAUUGCCUUGUCCAGCUUUGACAGCAAGCUGGCCUGUGAGUAGCAGUCGGCAUGUGUGGUCCAGAAGCCUUAGCGAAGAGGGCCAGCAAAGACCAGUGAACCCAGUACCACCCAGUAAGGGCUGCAGUGACUCCCAGAAGACUCAGCUGGGACCCAGUCUCAAAUCCCUCUCUGAGAACACACAGGAGCUCAAACUGGAAAAGGUGUGUGUGUGUGUGUGUGUGUGUGUGUGUGUGUGUGUGUGUGUGUGUGUGUGUGUGAGAGAGAGAGAGAGAGAGAGUGAGUGAGUGAGUGAGAGACACACUUUCUGCUCCCUGGAUGAAGGGAUUAGUCUAAGGGGUGGGGCACAUAAUAUAAAACACUUUUUAACAGAUCAUUGUUGUUGGGGAUGUAUGCAGAAUUACAGCCCAAGCGUUUGUAUUAGCAAGGAAAGUUGACCAAUGCUUUUUGUGUCCUUAACAAAAGUAUGAGAAUGUACACAUUAGCACUAACAUUUUCUACGUUAACAGGUUCAGUGAAAAUUUAUUUAAUGUUUUCUUCACAGAGGUAACUGAUUCUUAUGUUUAAUGAAAAUUACUUUUAACCCUGACUAAUAUUUUAAAAUCUCUCCACACAGCAUUCAAAUGGUAACCAGAAAUUUUAAUUCUGAAUAUGUAUAUGAUGUUUAUACUUGUUACAUUAAUUUUGUAAAUUAAUGUUGAAUGUCACUGUCCCAUUUAGCAGAGCAUCAGACAUAUAUGGGCCUUGUUUUUAUUACUAAUGCAUCACGAUGACUCGUUGAUUCAGUCAGUAUUUUCCAUGUUUGUUAUUCAUCUAUUUAGGGAAUCCCAAACCAUAUGCUGCUUUUUGUCUUAUUCUGUGCCCACUGAAUAUAGCUUGUAGCACCCAAGGACAAAGUUGAGAAUUACAUCACCAACAUUAAUUAAAUAAAUAAAUAAACAAAAAGGGAUAAAUUA